AUGACUGUCCAAGCUGAGAGGAUGGAGGUGGCAUUAGUUGACUUUGAGAAGUUAGAAAACAUGAAAAGUAAUGUAGAUGACCCAGAUUACUCCAAUGACAAAGCAGCUUUGACUGUAGAUCUACCAGAAAGGGGGCUGGGCUUCAAUGUCAACCAUAUCAUGUGUACCGCAAAUAUCCCUUCCUACCAAGAGAAAAGUCAGAUUAUUGGGGAGCCACAGUCCCCCUCCAUACCAUCCCCAACAACAAGAGGGAGUCCUAGCUGUGCUAGCCUGAUAUCCAACUGGAAAAUGUUACUAAACAUGGAAGGCUCUCAGGGCGAUAGCAUAUUCAACAAACUGGCCAAAGAAUGCUAUGAGGAUCUAUUUGUGGACAAGAAAGACAUCGAGGAUGGUGAGCAGAAAGUCAUUAUCAACAUUGCUGGUCUUCGUUUUGAAACACGACGCAAGACCUUGGACCAGUUCCCUGAUACUUUGCUGGGAGAUCCCUUGAAAAGAAUGGACUAUUUUGAUCCAACGAGAAAUGAAUAUUUCUUUGAUCGUAAUCGUCUGAGCUUUGAUGGAAUUCUGUACUAUUACCAGUCAGGCGGGAAGAUCCGCAGACCUGCAAAUGUUCCCUUUGAUGUUUUUGCAAAUGAGAUCAUUUUUUAUGAGCUGGGAAGUGAUGUCAUGGAGCAGUUCCGUGUAGAAGAAGGAUUUAUCAAAGAACCAGAGGUUCCUCUACCAUCCAAUGAGAUCUACAGACAAUUCUGGUUGCUCUUUGAGUAUCCUGAGAGCUCCAAUGCAGCUCGUGGAGUUGCUCUGGUCUCACUUAUUGUCAUUAUUGUCUCCAUCAUCACCUUUUGCAUGGAGACCCUUCCCGAGUUUCGUGAUGACUUUGAGGUCUUUCAAGCCAUGGGUAUUCCAAUCAAUCGUACAAAGGGUGCUGGAUUUCCCUCAAUCUCUUCAUCAAGUGCCAGUUCCAAAACCAUUAGCACCACUGUCACUGACCCUUUCUUCAUCAUUGAGACAGCCUGCAUCAUCUGGUUUGUCUUUGAGAUUGCUGUCCGCUUCCUGGUUUGCCCAAGCAAACGCAAGUUCUUUAACAACAUCAUGAAUGUUAUUGACCUCAUCUCGAUCAUCCCAUAUUUUAUCACUGUCAUAACUGAACUAGCAACCGUGACCAAUACUAACACCGGAGGACAGAGCAUGUCCCUGGCUAUUCUUCGAAUAAUCAGGUUAGUGAGAGUCUUCAGGAUCUUUAAGCUAUCACGUCACUCCAAAGGUCUUCAGAUUUUGGGUCAGACACUCAAUGCCAGCAUGAGGGAGCUGGGCUUACUUAUUUUCUUUCUCUUCAUCGGAGUUAUACUCUUCUCCAGUGCCAUCUACUUCGUUGAGGUGGAUGACCCCAACACACACUUCAGUAGCAUCCCUGAUGGAUUCUGGUGGGCCGUUGUCACCAUGACCACAGUGGGAUAUGGAGACAUGUGUCCCAUUACGUUGGGAGGGAAAAUAGUCGGCACUUUAUGUGCCAUUGCCGGGGUUUUGACCAUUGCGUUGCCCGUGCCUGUCAUCGUGUCCAACUUCAACUAUUUCUACCACCGGGAAACGGAGCAGGAGGAAAAGAAACCGAUAUCUGAAGAUUCUCAAAAAUUAGGGAGCGUCACAAACCAUGGCAGCAACUCGUCUCUGAAUAAGAUCAAUGAAGACUCUGAAGGUAGAAAAACAAAAUACUAAAACACUAUGUUGACUUUUAUGCUAGAACAUUUCAGUUAGUAUUAUUUUUGACUGCUCUCUGAAAGACGUUGAAUGUAUUUGAAAUAAUCUGUGGCAGGACUUAAUGAAUGCUUUUCCAGUAAUGGCAGAUUUUAGGCUCACACACCAAAACAUCUCAUAAUCCCAUAUAGAUGCUACCUCAUGAAGCCACUAUCUGCAAUUCCUAACAACAUACCAUAUAUAAUUAGUCACAGUGCAACAAAGUAUAAGUAUAUAUAAUUAUAUACUUGUUAGAAAGCAAAUACAAUUUAAGCACUGUGAAACAAACUUGAUAGAUUUAUUAAUAUCUGGUAUUUACUUGCCAUUGUACUACAUCAGUGACUCAGCACUUCAACACAUUCAAGUCUUUUGGGCUAAGUUCACAUUACAAGCUUUUUUUUUUUUUUUUGCACAAUACAGAUUUUAUACUCAGAUUGGGUCUGUCUAUAUUGAUGACUCACACUUGUAACCACAACUGACUCAUACCUGUCUUUAAUUUGAAUGCACCUGUCCCCCAAAUCUCAAGUAAACCACCAAUUUCCCCAUCCUUCCACAUACUAUUGUCACUGUCCUAGCUGUCCUCUAUGGCUAUAUUAGUGCGCUGCCGACACUAGAAGAUGGCGAUGACAGUGAUAUGCGCCUUUGCGUUAGAAAAAAGUCGCAUUACAUACGAUAUGACGUAUCAUUUCCUUUACGUUGCACGGUCACAUAUGUGGUCUGAUAUGUAUCCAACCAAUACAAUGCUCAGGUCUGAUUUGCAAAAGUCAGAUUUUUGUGUCCAUACAGUCCUGGAAAAAUCAGAUCGGAUUUGUAUGACUUCAACCUUGUAAGGCCAACUCACUCUUCGAAUCAUACUAUACCGUAUAUUUUAAAUAGCACUUAUAUACCAAUGUAUGGUAAUUUUCUAAGACAGUAAAAUGAAAAAUCUUUAUGUUAGUUUGUCAUUGAAACAGUACAAAAAAUAUAUAAAUAUGUAAAUAUAUCUGGGGAAAAAAGUAAAUGUAUUCAUUGACUUCCCUUUAUUUUCGUCUUGCUGAAUUCCACUGGCCGCCAUCUUAAGGGCUGGUUCACGACGUUUAUCGGCAUGAACUGUAUACUCAUUGUAUACAUCAGGAAGACAACUUACCCACGAUGCAUUUCUAC